GUUUUCGGCUGGAAAGCUCACGGGGUUCCUUCAAUUUGUGUAGUCUUUGAAGCUAUGGUUACAUUCGGAUGACGAACUAAUAUGGAAUUUACAUUGCAAAUGUGGAAAUGAUUUGUCUGAAAAUAAUAUUUUAAUAGACAAUCAUAUUAGUUGACGGUUUGUAUAAAUGGAACAGAGUUCCACAGCCUAUUCUCGUGUAAUUGCCUAUUUUUGCAAUACAUGACACACAUACUGAAACACUACAGAAGCAACAAAUGUAUUAUUUGAAUCUAUUUAAUUAUGUGCGUAAUGUUAAAGUUUAAAUUGUUUUUAUCUGCUUUUACAGGAUUUAAAAGUACAAUGGCGUAUGAGAAAUGUUUAGAAACUCAGGGAAAUGUAACAACUGGUGCUAACGGUACUGUCGUCUGCGAUUUUAAGAAAUUGAUAGAAGAGUCGGCGUCAGGAACUGGAUUAGCCUUUAUAGCUUUUACAGAAGCCAUAAAUCAAUUCCCCGUGGCACCACUCUGGGCUGUUCUUUUUUUCCUGAUGCUGUUCACCCUGGGGUUAGACAGUAUGUUUGGGACACUUGAGGGAGCACUGACCUCUAUUUAUGAUAUGAUGCUGUUUCCUCAUCUAAGAAAGGAAAUUGUUUGUGGUGUGGUAUGUUUAGCAUCUUGUAUAAUUAGUCUUUGUUUUGCCACCAACACUGGACCAUAUGUUUUCUCCCUCUUUGAUUCCUUCUCGGCUAAUAUACCAUUACUUGUCAUAGCCUUUAUGGAAUGUGUAUCUAUAUCAUAUGUAUAUGGGUUAGAACAAUUGAGUGACGACAUUGAGUUAAUGUUGGGUGGAAGACCAUCUUAUUUUUUCCUGUUUGCCUGGAAAUAUAUGGCACCUGUUUCUAUGGUUGUCAUCCUUGUCGCUAGUCUUGUAGAGAUGUAUUCUACUGGUGUAUCAUAUGAAAUAUGGAAUGCUGACCUGGGCAUGGCGCAGACGAUACCAUGGCCGUGGUGGUGUCAGGUGGUAGCCGUAUGCCUUAUACUGUGUUCUCUGUUGUGGAUACCAGGUGUCGCCAUUGCUAAAUAUUUUAAACUUGUGGAGUACAAAGAAGAAUCGCCGGCUUUCUUCCCAUCUGAGGAACUCCGGGAAGAAAGAAAUAUUAUGCCACACAAAAGUAACGCUAUUGAGAGGGCUUUAUUUGGUUUUAAAAAGUGAAAGCGAACUAUUUUAAUGUUUUAUUUAGUUCAAAGUACAAUUGUAUAUUUAGUGUGCAAUUAACAUUCGAUGGAUUAUUAGAAAGUAAUUUUUCUAAAGACUGGUCGUUUGCGCUAACUAUGGAAAACCAAUGAAAUAAGUGAUCCAAGCCUUACAUUGAAACAACACAGAUUUAGAAUGGCAAUACCAGCGUCCAGUGAUUUUAUAUACGCCCACAUUUUCAUGUGGACGUAUAUUAUUGUUGUCGCCUCUGACCUGUCUACGGGUCACAGUUCUUGUCCGAUUUUGACGAAACAUGAAAUAUAGGUUUAUCUCCAAAAGAUCUCGGCUCUUUUCGAUAUUGGCAUGUAUCGGAUCGAUACUUCAUGGAUUAUGGUUCCUGAUUGUACGAAAAAUCUGUUUUUAGCUUGUGGUCACUCUAGAGGUAAUAAUUUUUAUACGAUUUAAAAAAAAAGCGUUUGAAUAUAUCACCGUUACACCCUUAUGAUGGUUGAGUUCGAAUUUCAUGAAAAUCGGACAGAAAUUGCCGGACAAGAUGGCCGCCGCUCGUACGCAAAUAAUUGUAAAUAUAUGGUAUAUCAAGGUUGUGAAUCCUCUAAAGGACAAAAUUUUGGUUCGAUUUUGAUGAAACUUGAAAUACAUGUUUAUAACCCAUGAUAUUCAUGAUACAUGAUAUUCACGCACAUCGGAACUUAACUUCCUGAAUUAUGGCCCUUGAUUGUCCGAAAAAUCGCGUUUUUAGCUUGUGGUCCCACUAGAGGUCACAAUUUUUAUCCCAUUUACAAAAUCGUUUGAAUAUAUCACAGUUACACCCUAAUGACGGUUGAGUUCGAACUUCGUGAAAAUCGGAACAAAACUGCUGGACAAAAUGGCCGCCCCUCGUACGCAAAUAGUGUAAAUAUAUGGUAUAUCAAGGUUGUGGAUCCUCUAGAGGCCACAAUUUUGAUCCAAUUUUGAUGAAAGUUUAAAUUUAUGUUUAUAUCACACAGAUCUUGGUUCCUUUCGAUAAUCGCGCAUAUCCGAAUGUAACUUCCUGGAUGAUGUCUGUCCCCUGAUUGUUCGAAAAAUCGCAGUUUUAGCCCGUCGACCCGCUAGAAGUCACAAUUUGUAUUCAAUUUUAAAAAACGUUUAAACAUAUCGCCGUUACACAUCUAUGCAGAUUAAGUUCAAAUUCCGUGAAUAUCUCACCCAAACUGCCAGACAAAAUGGCACGUAAUACCAAGAUUGAGGACACUAUAGAAGUCACAAUUUUUAUCCGAUUUUGAUGAAACUUGAAAUGUAUGAUUAUAAUCCAAAGAUAUUGGUUCCUUACAAUAUUUGCGCAUAUUGGACCGUAACUUCCUGGAUUAUGUCCCCUGAUUGUACGAAAAAUCACGUUUUUAGCUUGUGGAUGUCACAGUUUUUAUCCGAUUUUAGAAAGCGUUUAAACGUAUCACCGUUACACCCUAAUGGACCAAAGCUGCCGGACAAAAUUGCCGCUCCUUGUACGCAAAUAGUGUAAUAGUAUGUAAUAUCGAGGUUGUGUACUCUCUAGAAGUCACAAUUUUUAUCCGAUUUUGAUGAAACUUAAAAUAUAUUUUUAUAUCCCAAAUAUCGCAGUCCAUUUCUAUAUUUCCUGGAUUAUGUCCCCAGAUUGCACGAAAGAUCACUUUUUUUUUUACCUUGUUCGCUUUUCAUCUCUUGCAAAAUGUGGGCGUAUCUUUUCGUGGCAACCGCUGUUUAUAUAUCUGAUAGAAUUAGUUCUACAGAAAUCUUUGCUAUGGCUUAUCCAUUACAGCGACUGGAAGAUCCCGGAAGUGAAUCAAAAAGGGGGAUCACUUGUUGUUAAUGACUUUAACAGGCGGAAAAGAAUGAAAUGGGGGUUAACGUCCUUUUUUGCACCAACUGGCAUAAUGAAGACGGACAUAUUAUGCCAUACAAUACGCUAUGAGGGAAAUGUUGCAUGGGCGGCAAUUGAAUUUAAUUGCCAAUGGUUCUUUUACGUACACGUUAACGCGUACACGGCAUCCCGGUUUAUCGACUCAUCCGAACAACUAGACACUGUUCCCUGCCACGAGGACGGUUUUAAGCUCUCCAAUAAUUCCAGUGAAGACGAGAAGUUGUUAUAUUAUGAUACUGUCAAUUAGAUAUCAAUUAGAACUGAGUGCAGUCUGUUGACGCCGAUAUUGUCGUUUAAGUAUUUCAUUGUAAGUAGUAAAAAAAACUACAAUAUAAUAUUCCAGGUCAGCGACAUUACACUGCAUGUGACUGAGAAGUUCGUCACUCGAUUUGUCUAGAUGUCUUGACCGUAUUGAGCAUUCAUUGUAACUUCGUUAUCAGAAACGUAUAUAUUGUGGUUAUCUAUAAUUAGGCUGCAAUUAGAUCAAGUCCAUAGGGGAUAACGGUAAGACGAUUUGAACCGUAAUAAAUUUAUAGCAACUAGAAUAGCCAAAAGCUUGGUCUUACACAUUGAGCCAGUCUACUAAUUGUAUUACAAAAUAUGUUGGGUAUAUAAUUACGGACUUCUUAAAGUGGUACCAGGUGUUCUAUAUAUAUAUAUAUGAUAUGUUGUCAUAUUACUGUUUGUGAAUUAGUAACUUAUGACCCUUCAGGGCAACUACAUCCAAGCAUAAAAUUAUGCUUGAUAACAGUUGUAUGUAUGUUCUCGUGUAUGUAUGUCUUAUGGUUUUUAAUGUAAAAGUUUAUGAUAAAUAUACUUGAAAGACAACUUCAGAAUAAUUGUAUCAUAUCAAAAUGUGUUCAGAUUUUGCAACUAUCGGUUCUGUAAUAUGUAAUUCCGUACAUUCUAUAUAAUAAUGUAAAUAUAAAUAUUUUAGCUUAUAUGUGACUUUAAUAUACAGUGGUGUAAUUGUGGAUAUAUUAUAGAAUUCACAGUGAUAUGAAGAGCCAUAUAAAUACAUUUCAGAUUUUUUUUUUUUCGAAAAGGAUUAUUAUUAUUUUAUAUUGUAUAUUAGUGGUCUUAAAAUGUUAUCUCAAUUAUAUUUUGGGAGACAAAUGAUUUUGAAAAAGUGGAAGGUCUGAAUGGGCUGGUUCUUCAUAGCCACUUCUUGAUAAAUAGUGAUAGUACCAAACUUGUUACUGGAUUCGAACCUUUGAGAAAGGAGUGAAUUGAGUUCAGGUUGCUCAGUGGCAGCCACCAGCCAUCCUUGAUAUUCCCAAUGGUGACCAGCAACCGAGCUUGUCAAAGCAAGCCAGGAAAUUUUAAGAUGAGCCAUAGGCUAAUCUUGGCCAUCCCAGUCUGUAUUGUCUUAACUAAUAUUCGUCUGUGGGUUUUCUUAUUGGUUUCUAUGUGUCCGAUUUCCCUUAACUUACUAUUAUCUAUAGAAGGAUGCAAUGAUUUCAAACCAGUAGGAAACUUACAUGUAUCAUGUCUUUCAAAGGGGUUUUGAGAAUUGUAGUAUAAGUACAGCAUUGGUUAUCUUUAUUCAGAGAGAUUUAUGAGCCACAAAAGGGGCCUCAAGAAAGGGUAAUUUGGUAUUUUGGAAAAUUGAAAUCUGUUUCCAUUUUAUCAUUUUGCAACACACGGCAAGAACUUUCUCAAAACUAUUGUACAUUAGCUGUAAUACUGUAACUGUUAUAGGACUCCGCUUAUAUAUUUUAUGGAAUGUUUUUCAUACUUAAUACAUUCCUUUAUUUCAUAGCUUCACAAAUGUUCCCAUUAUAAGUUAACUUUAUUGUUUUUGAAUAUUUAGCUAUAUAUAUACUAUUUAAC